CUUUGAAGCGCGUCCACGGCGCUCGCAUCUGAAAGUGAUUUAUUCUCCGUGAUAGGUUGUAUCACUUCGGGGCGGUUUCGAUGAGGGGGUCUUUCGUCCUGGAACGUUACUAACCAGCAGCUAGUUGACGGUAGUCGAGAAGCAAGUCACGCGUUCGCUCACUACUGUCCGAAGUUCCUGAAGAGUAAUUCCUCAAGGUUACUACAUCCUGAUGUGGGAUCUGAACCAGAGUCCUUUGUUUGCAAGACGACUGCUGUAACCACUGUAACUUGCUGCCCAGCUGUACCAGUGCUCAGGUGACCAUCAGAUAGCGACCAUGUCUUCUGAUGCGUCGUCAGUGACUGGGACCCCACCAGCCACCUCCCCCGUGUCUCCAGGGACCCCGACUUCCCCUGGCUCCUUGGAUCUACCCAGAUGCCGGCACCGUAGCCAAGGGCAUGUCCGCGACCGCUCCCCCUCCCCCAUGCGUGGCUACCUCAUCCCAAGCCCCCUGCCCACUCGCCGAACUCGCACCUGCUCUGCCACAGCACGGGCGGCUGAGGGUCCUGCCUUCACUGGUGUCUGCAAAUGCUUCUCUCGUUCCAAGGGGCAUGGCUUCAUCACACCAUCUGACGGAGGGAGUGACAUCUUUGUUCACAUCUCUGACAUUGAGGGAGAGUAUGUGCCAGUGGAGGGUGACGAGGUGACGUACAAGCUGUGCUCCAUUCCACCAAAACACGAGAAGGUGCAGGCCGUCGAGGUGACCAUCACCCAUCUUGCCUCAGGCACCAAGCACGAGACCUGGUCUGGAACGGUGUUGAGCUCUUAAUGAUAUGUCCCAUCACAGAGCUUGUGGACUUCGCAGCUGAUGGCCACCUUGCCUUUUUUGUCCCCCCCCGCCCCCUUUCCCCCAUGUGAGUUUGGUGGAUGUGGCCUGUGGGGCUUGUUUUGUUAUAGUCAAAUAUCUUUGGAAAAGAUAUGAGAAAUAAACACAUUACAA